AUGCAUCCUCUGCAAAAUAACGGUUUCAAACUUAGUAAAAGAAAUAAAGAGCGAAUUUUCGUGUGUUUUAAAAAAAAGGGUUUGAAUGAGUUUUAUUGGAAGAAUCUAAAUGACGAAAUGAUUGUCAUGCAAUGGCCACAUCAAUUUUGCUUUAUUAGGUCACGUGCACAUAUUAACGGGACUGGCGAAGAACGAGGACGGAAAAAUACAAAUCGUUCUGGAAACAGAGCUUACAGAAGGUCAUCCACUUCCAAAGAAACCAAAAGUGAUUCGAGUGACUUACCGAUUCCAGAAAAGUGUUUUGCUAACAGAAAUAAUCACUUUCACACAAUUAGUUCGUUCCGUAAAGACGACUCAAGGACUCCUUUUUUCACUAUUUGUUGCUGCAUCUUAAGCUCAUCGUUUAUUACAGCAUUGACGAGAGCUCACGUCAUAUUUGGCCUGAAUGACAAAGUGAGCAAUUUGCCACUAGACUGUUGUAAAAAACAGUUGUGGAGUGUGCUCUGUUUGCAGUGCAUUGUUUUGUUAUGCCACGAAUACUUUGUACUAGACGUGUUUAUAAAUGGGUCUUAUGAUUGUACUGGCGAUGAAUUACAUUUUGCAUUUUCAGACUUAUAG